AUGUCGUGUAAAAUCCUUGCAAUGAUGGCGGCGAUGUGCAAAUUACAAUAUUUUUUCAUCAUUAGCGUCUGUUUACGGUUGAAGUUUUCUUAUGGAUUUCCUAGCAUAUUACCAUAUAACGGAGUUAAAAUAGUUACGUAUGGCGAACCGUGUUAUUCAUCACGUUAUCUACCUGUUACAAUCAAGGAACCUGUAACAGAGUCUGUAACAGAAAAAGAAUUGGCUACAUCUCCUUGUGCCUAUCAGCCACUCAAAUUAAAUUACCGAGUCAUCGAUAAUUCCUCUCCUAUUUUUUAUCAACCACAAGCAAAAUAUCCAGUUUCCAUACAAGUACCUGAAGUGCCCGUCGAGUCCUUGGAGAUAGUCAAGCCAGAUCUUUAUCGAGGAAAAUCCUACGUGUACAACACCCAGACCCCAUUGUCUCCAAUCAAUGUGCCAAUCUCAACAAGUUAUAAUUUUGAUCUUCAUGUGCCGCCUUCACCAACAACUCCAACAGAGACAUCGUCAACGUCACAGCCCGUUAAACUUUUAACAGGUCUUACCAGCAGAAUCGAUAGAGUUCUAAUUCCCGCCUGUGAAUUACCUGCAAAAUGCGCCUGUCAAAUGAGUUAGCAAAACCUGUAAAACAUGAAGAAACAUCUAAUAAAGCUGUCUCUCAUAGAAAAAUGUGGGAAGUGCAUAAUAUUCGGAAAAAAAUAAAAAAAAAGAUUUAAACAA